AUGAUCGAGGAACGUGAACUUAUUCGAGUCACAAGGGAUGGCAAUGCCAAUAGUUAUCCCUUCCGUGACAUGUCUCAUCGGGACAUGUCAGAUAUAAUUUUCAAAAAACUCGGCCCCUUAAAUAACUCACUACUUCACCUGGCGGCAAGCUUUGGUAAUGAAGACCUCACCAAGCUCAUGGCUGGUCAAUUUCCCACUUUGAUUAUCCAGACAAACUCCCACGGCGACACUCCACUUCAUGUUGCCGCUAGAGUUGGGAUGCUUAGCACAGCAGAAAUACUAGUGAACCAUGAAAAAGAUUUGCAUCCAGACGAACCACGCCCGCUGAGGAUGAAGAACAAUGAAGGAAACACAGCUUUGCAUGAGGCUUUAUUAGCGCUACAACUAGCUCCUAAAUCCAAGCAUUCUAAAAAUCCAGCGAAGAAAGGUGAAGGAGAUGAAAUGGCUUAUUUCUUGGCGGAACAUACAGGUCCGGAGCAUGUGUGCAAUUGCGAGAACAAGGCAAAUCAGUCUCCUUUAUGUCUGGCGGUUGAGUAUGGCAACCGGCACUUUCUUGAACAUUUUUUUAAUGUUAUACCUGUGCCUGAUCGUGUUGACUGUUCAGCUACUGCAAAGUGCCUGAUGCAACUCAUGGCUGAGGAUAAAUUAAAUAAAGAGGCAUUGGAAUUAAUUCAUAAGGAGAAGCCGAAGCUACUAGAAGCACGAGAUGAAGCUGAGAACACUCUACUUCAUAGUGCAGCAUCCACAGGCCAUCUGAAGGAAGUUCGUUAUCUCUUAGAAAUUAUGAGUGAUAACGUUUUAUGUAAAAAUAAACAAGGCUCCUAUGCUAUCCAUGUUGCAAGUGAAAAGGGGUAUGUCAAAAUUGUGGGGGCGUUGCUUGAACAAUGGCCUUAUCCAAAUGAAAUUCUCGAUGCUGAAGGCCGGAGCAUUCUUCACGUCGCGGCCAAGAGUGGGAACGAGUAUCUGGUAAGGCACAUAUUGAAGUGGAACAAAUCGGAUUCGGAUAUGCUUAUUAACAUGAAGGACCGCGAUGGAAAUACACCUUUGCAUUUAGCAGCAAGGCAUGGCCAUUGCUUGGUGGUGGGCACUCUUUGCUCGACAAGCGAAGAAACGCAGCUCUUAAGAACAAGACAGGACAAACAUGUUGAUGCGAAGAUUGAUGGUGUGACUAAGAAUGAGAAACCUUCUGCAAAAGUAGAUCACUCCACACCAACGCCAUUUGGAAUGCUUACGACGCUAUCUGUGUUAUUUCUGGUGCAUCUUUUUGCUGUGUUUCGUAGAUACAGAAUUAACAGUGGGUUAAGGACAAUCGAAGAUCUACGUUAUAAAGUUAGAAGCAAGAAGGCAACAGAACAAGAAGAUGUUUAUCAGAAGAUAAAUGCUUUUCUUGUGGUAGCAACACUUGUAGUUGGCGUGGCGUUUGCUGCUUCGGUUCAAGUAGGCAGUAGUGAUAUUGGUGACAAUAAGGGUGGUGAUGAUUCAAAAAACAAUAACACUACUUAUCUCUUUAAUCUAAAUGAAACAACCAUUAAAAAAGUUGAGAAAUCAGCGCUACAGCUUUUUGCAGUUUCGGACACAUUUGCUAUGAAUGCUGCGGUGAUAGGAGCCACCCUACUGUGUUGGGCACAACUAAUUCACACCAAUCUUGCAUCUUUAUUGGUUCUUGCCGGAUAUGCAUUUGUGGCUAUCAGUAUUGCCAUGCUCGAAAUCGCCUAUUCCUCCUCCAUAUUAUUUAAACUUCAUAGUUAUACCUUAGGGGCUUUUAUUCCAAUUAUUAUCUUGCACUACACCUGUUUUUGCAUUCAAUUCUCAGUAUCCAUGGCGGUGCUGAUUUCACCCCUGAGGGAAACUCUGGUUAUGGUCUUUUAUUUCUUUAUCUAUUUAGGCCAUUAUGCUGCAUACCGCUUCUGCACCUUCUUUGUUCCACCAAUUCUUAGUUAG